AUGGUGGCGGACACUUGCUGUGAUGAAGUGGAAUCGGUAGUCAACUGUACAAAAGUCUAUGAAAUGCUCAAGCGAAGAAGCUGCUCAGCCUUCCAGCUAAUGAAGAAAAACUUUUUAGUAAAAGGGAAUUUGAGCAUAACUGUAAAGAGUCGUAACAUGUUCGACAUGCAUCUGAAAGACGGAGCCACAUAUGUCAAAGGCACUACUUUAAAAGCGUCACAACAGCUGAAUCGAGAACACAUACAUGUUCACCGCUCCUUCGUGUUGUAUAAGGAGCUCGUGGUUGGCUUGCUUAGCAGAGCCAAUCGACACGUUUGUAUAAGAGCGUCGCCAUGUGCGUUCGGCUCAUUCGAGAUGCUCAACAGUGGAAGAUCCGGCUCGAUGCGAGACGAAGACGCCACGUCGAGAAGAGAAACAACUGUGGACCAUCGACAAGGAUCUGAUGAAGACGAAGACGUCGAAACGCCGAAUAAACAACUCGUAUCCACCUUGAGCAAGCUCAACAAUAUGAACAAAUGUUGA